CUUCUGCAUUUUUGACAUGUCGAUUAGUCAUGAGUUGGAGUUGCACGGCUUUCUGUAAAUAGUCCCAGCUUCCCGUGGAAGAUUGAAGAGAUCAUAAUCAUAGUAGAAAACAAAAAAAGGCAGGCCAUUAUUACUACAUGUGCAAUGGGAAGAUAUUUGCACUAGAGCUGUCAAACGAUUAAAAUAUUAUAUCGUGAUUAAUCGUUUUGUGUUCAUAGUUACCUCAAAAUUACCAUAACAUACCAUACCAACUUUAUUUAUAAAGCCCUUUUAAAGGCCUACUGAAACCCACUAAUACCGACCACGCAGUCUGAUAGUUUAUAUAUCAAUGAUGAAAUAUUAACAUUGCAACACAUGCCAAUAUGGCCGGGUUAGUUUACUAAAUUGCAAUUUUAAAUUUUGCGCCGAAAUAUCAGGCUGAAACGUCUCGGUAUGAUGACGCGUGCGCCUGACGCCACGGAAUGUCGAGGACAUUUUGUUCCAACAUCGUUCCCAGCUAUUAGCUCGUCUGUUUUCGUCGUGAAAUUCCACAGUAUUCUGGACUUUUGUGUUGCUGAAUCUAUUGCAAUUUGUUCAUUGGACAAUGGAGACAUCAUAGAAGAAAGCUGUAGGUGGGAAGCGGUGUAUUGCGGCAGGCUUUAGCAAGACAAACACAGCCAGUGUUUCAUUGUUUACAUUCCCGAAAGAUGACAGUCAGGCUUUACUAUGGAACAGAGAUGUCAAGCGAACACGGUUGGAUUGGACCACACACACAAAGUACAGUGUAUUAUGCAGCGAUCAUUUCGAAAGAUCGUGUUUCGAAGAGGGUUCCUUGCGAAGGGCAGUGAUGGGCAUCGCCACCACCCGUCGACUGGUGCUGAAGAAAGGUGUGGGGCCGACAUUCAGGUUUUACAGAAUUUCUUGUGCUACAGCUGUAAAGAAUACAUGGAUGAUUUGAGCAAAAUACCCAAAGAGGUGCUGGAGGAUGCUGAGGUGGAUCUUGUUGUGAUUGGUCAGUCUGCUCAUUAUCACAUAGAGCCUUUCUGCUCGCUGACGGGCUAUCCUCACGACAUCUACGUGGACCCCGAGAGGAUUAUUUACCAGAAGUUGGGGAUGAAAAGAGAAGAGAAAUUUACAAAUUCAGCCCAACCAAGUCCUCACGUGAAGUCUGGUGUCUUCAUGGGCCAGAUGAAGAGCAUAUGGAGAGCCAUGAUGAGUCCUGCUUUCGACUUCCAGGGUGAUCUUCAUCAGCAAGGUGGAGCCAUCAUUGCAGGGCCAGGCUCUCAAGUGCAUUUCUCCCAUUUCGACAUGAACCGUCUGGACCACAUGCCCAUUAACUGGCUCCUGCGACUGGCAGGAGUUCAACAAACUGUACACUUUGGUGAGAAGGCGAAAGUCAUCCAUGUGUAGUCAGCUGACAUCGCUUGCACAUCUUAUUUAAGCUCGGUAAGUCAGCAUGUUGGAGAAAAAGCCUAACAAGUCUCUAUCAUUGACAAGUUCUGUUCUGCAUCCCAACUUGGCUUUUUGUUGUAGCAAUGCUUUCUAUUAGGGAUGUCCGAUAACAUCGGACUGCCGAUGUUAUCGGCCGAUAAAUGCUUUAAAAUGUAAUAUCGAAAAUUAUCGGUACCGGUCUCAAAAAAGUAAAAUUUAAGACUUUUUAAAACGCCUCUGUGUACACGGACAUAGGGAGAAGUACAGAGCGCCAAUAAACCUUAAAGGCUCUUACUCUGCGUGCCAGCCCAAUCACAAAAUAUCUAUGGCUUUUCACACACACACACACACACACACACACACAAGUGAAUGCAACGCACACUUGGUCAACAACCAUACAGGUCACACUGAGAGUGGCCGUAUAAACAACUUUAACACUGUUACAAAUAUGUGCCACACCAAACAAGAAUCAUAAACACAUUUCGGGAGAACAUCCGGACCGUAACACAACAUAAACACAACAGAACAAAUACCCAAAACCCCUUGCAGCACUAACUCUUCUGGGACGCUACAAUAUGUUACGCAGAGGUUAAUCUCACCACACCUGGUGUGUGUGUGUGUGUGUGUGUGUGUGUGUGUGUGUGUGUGUGUGUGUGUGUGUGUGUGUGUGUGUGUGUGUGUGUGUGUGACAAUCAUUGGUAUUUUAAAGGCCUACUGAAACCCACUACUACCGACCACGUAGUCUGAUAGUUUAUAUAUCAAUGAUGAAAUAUUAACAUUGCAACACAUGCCAAUACGGCCUUUUUAGUUUACUAAAUUGCAAUUUUAAAUUUCCUGCGAAGUGUCGUGUUGAAAACGUUGCGGUAUGAUUACUUGUAUGAUGACGCGUGCGUUUGACGUCUCGGGUUGUAGCGGACAUUAUUUUCCAGCCCGAUCCAAGCUAUAAGUAGUCUGCUUUAAUCGCAUAAUUAAACAGUAUUCUGGACAUCUGUGUUGCUGAAUAUUUUGAAAUGUGUUCAAUUAAUAAUAGAGAAGUCAAAGUAGAAAGAUGGAGGUGGGAAGCUUUUAGCCUUUAGCCACACAAACCCACGGUGUUUCCUUGUUUAAAAUUCCCGGAGGUGAAGCUUUACUAUGGAUCAGAGCGGUCAAGCGAACAUGGAUCCCGACUACAUGUCAACCGGCAGUUUUCGGUGAGAAAAUUGUAGUAAUAAGUCGGCUCUUACCGGAGCUCAGCGGAGCUUCUGUCCUGCUGCGGCUGCCGUGACUUCCCUCAGAGACUCUGGCGUCAACACACCCGUGGCCACACCCCUCCGACUUUCAGGUACUAUUUAACUCACUAAAACACUAGCAACACAAUAGGCAGAUAAGGGAUUUCCUAGAAUUAUCCUAUUAAAUGUGUCUAAAAACAUCUGAAUCGCUCCCACUGCAAUCAACUUUUUUUUUUCUUUUUUCUAGUCCUUCACUCUAAAUUUCCUCAUCCACGAAUCGUUCAUCCUCGCUCAAAUUAAUGGGGAAAUUGUCGCUUUCUCGGUCUGAAUAGCUCUAGCUGCGGCUGGCUAUGAUUGUAAACGAUGUGAGGAGGCUUACAACCCGUGACGUCACGCGCACAUCGUCUGCUACUUCCGGUACAGGCAAGGCUCUUUUAUUAGCGACCAAAACUUUAUCGUCGGUGUUCUCUACUAAAUCCUUUCAGCAAAAAUAUGGCAAUAUCACGAAAUGAUCAAGUAUGACACAUAGAAUGGACCUGCUAUCCCCCUUUAAAUAAGAAAAUCUCAUUUCAGUAGGCCUUUAACUAUUAACUUUUACCCAGGGUCGGUUCUAAGCAGGCAUAUAGGAGGGGGCAGUCAGAAAUGGACGCUGGUCCAUUAUGUUCCAGCACUUUUUUCUGUCUAUACAGUAGUAACAUUGCUGCCUUUUCAUUGUAUUUGGCUGUUAGAGAAAAAUACCAAAAAAUAUUCCUGGGCGCGGCACUGCUGCUGCUCACUGCUCCCCUCACCUCCCAAGGGGUGAUCAAUGGGAUGGGUCAAAUGCAGAGGACUAGUGUGUGUGACAAUCAUUGGUAGUUGAACGCUAACUAAGAUGUUGGUAGCUCUUAACCACAAUACGUAUCAAUCGAACAGGUGGAACCAGAAAAUAAAAGUAAAAUAAAUAAAAUAAAGUAUCCGUCAUUCACAUUUUGUCAAUCAUCACAACAUUUAUCUUAAGGAGGCCUAAUUGUUAAAUUGAAUUUGACCUUUUGUAAGACUUAACACACAAUAGUCAGUAUUAACAAAACUGACAAGUACAGCAAUCUUAUGAAUAAUACAAAAACAUUCUUCUCAAACUUGUUUAUCAGGUCAGCUGCAUCAUGCCGCAAGGUUUUUGCAUUCUCCCCUUUUUUACACACAGAAACUUAAAAACUAUUGUUUACCUAAUGCCUCUAGCUAAGCAGAUGUGUAGUGAAACGGAGUUACGAUGCAUGCCUUCAUCAUCAUUUAUUUAAGUGCAGUAGAAGCAGCAAAUACACAUAGCUAACUUACUUUUUUUUUCCUGAGGGAACCCUCCUGAAGGAAUCAAUAAAGUACUAUCUAUCGAUCUACAGUUGUGUAGGUGUCACAAUGACUCUCCUGCUAGAUGGCAUCAUGUAGCAUCAACAAUAAAAUGUGUCCUCUUUACUUUCUGUCAGGUGUUCGCAUAUUACCAUGUGGAACAUGUUAAAUCCACACAUUUUUGUUUUGGCGGAAAUUCACAUAUGGUGUAUAUGCUUUUAAAGAACUGUGAUGGGAUAUAUUCCAAACUGGUCUACAAGACAGAAGUAAAUGUGAUUGGAACGGACAAGCAAUAGAAAAUGGAUGGAUGGACUGGACAACAUCUUUUCUUGUUUUCAUUGGUCUACACUGGUUUACUGAGGGCUGAGGGGGAUUUAUUAUAUUAACAUAUUGCAUAUUUUCAAUAUGCAAUAUGUUAAUAUUGUGAGUAUUUUAAAAUAUACUUUCUUAACUUAAAACGUAUUGAUUUGGGGGUGAAAUACAUUUAUUUGUACACAAGUUAGCUAUUCUUUUUACAUAAAUGUGUACAUUGAGAUGUUUUGGUUUGUGGUUAUUAUUAAUACCCUCGUUUUUAAUCACACAGAUAUUUGUUAAUAUAUUGUUGUCGUUGUGUCCUUGGGCAAGACACUUUACCCAUCCCAGUGCCACCCACAGUGGUAUAUAUGUAAAAAAAUUAGAUAUUGGGUUUCACUUUGUAAAGCGCUUUGAGUCACUAGAGAAAAAGCGCUAUAUAAAUAUAAUUCACUUCACUUAGAGGUUAGUGCGUGUGCCUCACAAUACGGAGCUCCUGGGCUCAGGAUCUUUCUGUGUGGAGUUUGCAUGUUUGCCCCGUGACUGCGUGGGUUCCGUCCGGAUACGCCGGCUUCCUCCCACUUCCAAAGACAUGCACCUGGGGAUAGGUUGAUUGGCAACACUAAAUUGGCCCUAUUGUGUGAAUGUUGUCUUUCUAGCUGUGUUGGCCCUGUGAUGAGGUGGCGACUUGUCCAGCGUGUACGCCGCCUUCCGCCCAAAUGCAGCUGAGAUAGGUUCCAGCACCCCCCACAACCCCUAGAGGGAUAAUCCAUCCAUCCAUUUUCUACCGCUUACUCCCUUUUUGGGGGCGCUGGCGCCUAUCUCAGCUACAAUCGGAUGGCCUAUUAUGAAAUUAUAAAUUAUUACAAUUAAUAUUUGGAACAUUGAUUUAUUCAAAUAAUAUUACAUAUACAUUACAAAGAUCAUUUAUAUUUUAAGCAGGUCUUGGCAGACCAUUUGGACUGAAAGACACUGAAGGAAAUGGAUUAACUCAUAUUACGAUUUGCAUAUGGUGAAUGUUUAUAUUCAUCUUGGAGAAAGCAACCCACCAAUUUAAAUUGUAGGUAUUUAAUUUUGGGCACAUAACAUAAGGCCCUUUAGUAUUGACAUUUGUGUGUGGAUUGGACGAGAUCACGGAAAAAUGGACAGUAAAAUUGGGCCUCGGUAUGCAAAAGUGAUGGCCCUAUCCGUAAGAAGAGACUACACGUUUAGCUUAAUGCCAACAUCAAAGUAAUGAGCGGCAACUGUUGUUUUUCAGGCACUUACACACAAACAUCCCCUUUAUGGUCAGGACGCGCUCUCCUAACCUAGCACACACGCACACACAAAGAGAGACAGGAGGUAGGAAUAUAAAAGCUGAUGGUUUGGUUUCUUCAAGUUAGGAGUGCCUCAUUUUUUGACUUGACCUCCUCCAGGAACUGCAGUCCUGUAAAAUGACUCUUGCUUGUAAUAAAGCAACUUUUUGUUCACUA